GAAGUGUUUUGUAGCAGCAGCCAGACAACCAGGAGGCGCCGGGGAGACAAGCUAGUUUGAACUUCAGUCUUCAGUGCUUUACGCGGGCGGCGGCAGGCGGGAUGGAAGCCGAUGUUAUUUACCGUCUGUAAUAAUAGAGGGAAAGAAAGAACUCUGCGCACGCUUAGACCCCUCUCCUUUUUUAGUAUUACUUGCUUCCGAUGUCACUACUCCUCUUUCAAUCUUGAAGCUUGGCUGCACCGCCCACGUGGUUUGAGUUAUCGACCUCCGUAUCCAUGGAAACUACCAGCGGGAGGUAGAAGUCUGAAGAAGAGCGCCUUCGGCAUGAUCGCUGGACAACGCCAGUUGGCUUGGGAGCUCACAGGUGAGCCAAGCAGGGAUUGGCCCGAGUGGGCACGAGGCGAGCGGUUCAUCUGGCCACUCUCAGUGGCUGCACCAAGGGGAAAAGAAGGAACAAAUCCGCGCGGGGCGGAAGAUGCGCAAAAACGGAAUUCAUUCGGAUCAUGUCAGCAGAAGAGAAUUUUCCCCUUUUUUCAUGCUCCAGACCGAUUAGGCAAUGAGUGGGUACCACUUAAAGGUGAUCCCAACCGUGGACCUGGAACUUAUAACCAUGCAGAGAGGACCAAUCUUCUAUACGUUCUGACUAAACGGCCAGAGAGUACUAAAGGUUAUGCUCUGGGAGCAAGGACAACUCCACGUUUUGGAUUUAUCAGCAAGAUUGUGACUCCUGCUCCUACAACGUACCAGGCAAUAUGGAUCAAGGAACAAAAGCAUCAGGCUGCAUAUGCCCCAUUUUCCAGCAGGUUGCCACGAUUUUCAGAGAGGGUUAUGGACAGAGAGCUUUUCCCUGGACCUGGCACUUAUGACCCUAAUAAGAUACCACACAGGCAUGUCACCUGGCCAGGAAAGUUUGGAUCCCCAGACUGGUCUUUAGUUCCAAUGCCAAAGAAGAGGACACUGAAGACUGAGCUGUUUUCAGACAAAGAAUUCAGGAAGCAUCGGAAUCUAGUGGCCUACCUGAGCAUAUAUUACGAUGAUUAAUUCUGCUGGCUGAAGUCUUUUCAUUCCUAUGUAUUUAGACUACUAACUUACCUUUGUUGUUAGAUAGGAUUUGGACAUGUAUUUAUUUGUUACUCUUAUUCAAUAACUAGAUUGUUUCAUAAACAGUUGGGGUUUUAUCCCUUUAAAUGUCUCUUCCCUUCCUAAUUUUUCAUUGUUUGAUUCAAAAGGCUCAAGUUAUUUCAUACAUCACACAACUAUUGAUCUGUAAAGAUGACUUCACUGCAUUUCCUUUAUAUAUUGCAACCAUCCAUUGGAGUCAUUCCAGUUCUUCAGUUUUGAAGUGCCACAUUCACCCUCCUCCUUUUUGCAGUCUGUUAAGCUUGGCGAAUGCUUAUGGGAAGCUCAGAUUUCUACUGUCUCACUUUGAUGUAUAUGUCAGUUUUGAAAUAUCUUCUCACCACCUAGAGGCUUGAGAUCAAAGUGCUUACACAGCCUUGUCAAGCAGGAGAAGUUGCUACGGUGGCAUAUCCUGAUGAAGUGCCAGGAUCCAGAAUCAUGCAUUGCUCUGCUCAGUUGCAGACUCCUUCCCCUCACUAUUUUCAGCACAAGGAAUACUGGGAGCAUGUGCCAUAUCUGCUGUGCUCAUGUCCCAUACGUGGCUUGACAGCAUCUGAUUUCUUCCUGUCUCUGCAUGUGACUCAUGGUAGAACUACACCUUACGUGCAGUUCCAUUAUCCUUUUUUGAAACAUUUUCUUUUUCAAAGUGCAUCUGCUGAGGCUGCAAUAUGACACAGAAGACCAGGGAGAGGGACUUCUUAACCCUUUUCCCUCACUGUUUUACUGCUGCAAAUCAGCUGGCUCCUGCUGAUUUUACCUCUGCUGGGUGGGGGGUGGGAUACUGGUACUAUGUUUAAGAGCAUAGGUAUGCUUUUUUCCCUUCAUAAACCCUAUAGUCAAGGUAUGGGGAUUCCACUGUGCACAACUAGAGCAGGGCUACACAGCUUCAGUCCUCCUGCAGCUAUUAGGCUACAGCUCCCAUCAUCCUAGACUAUUUGGCCACUCUGACUGAGGAUGAUGGGAAUUGUAGUCUAGCAACAGCUGGAGGGCCACAGUUGUGCAGGCCUGCUCAUCCAUCAGUUUGUCUCUUGCUUUACUGUGCAACAUGGGAGGAAACACAUGGAUAAUAGGAAACAUAUUGAUAGAUAACAUCCUUCCCACUUCAGCACUAUACUCCAGUAUAGUAUAGUAUUAGCCCACUUCACUUUGUCAACUGCUGCUGUUUCAUUCUUCUCUGUGGCAUUAAGAUAAAAUACUUCUAUAAUCCCAUCCUAUAAAUAAUGUUUACUGUUUUCUUUGGGUACUCGUGAUUUCUCCAAAGAGUUGGUUUUCACUUAGCAGUUUCACAUGGGAGCCUUGUGAUUCCAGUGGAAUCACAUGCCAAUUUUGUUAUCCCCCUUAUUUCUAAAUACGACUUACCUUCAAAUUAGGUAGUCUAUAGCAGGGAUUCUCAACGUUGGGUCCCCAGAUGUUAUUGGACUUUAGCUCCCAUAAUCCCCAAUUCCAGUGGCCUUUGGCUGGGAAUUAUGGGACGAAGUCCAAUAACAUCUGGGGACCCAACGUUGAGAAUCCCUGGUCUAUAGAACUACUUUCCUCAUAACAAAGUAAGAGAGCUUAUCAGCUAGAAAAGAAACCCUUAACUCUAAGUUCCAGACCUUGCCCAGAAGUCCUGCAUCUCUACAUUCAUCUGUCCCUCCAAUCCCCUGACUGUUGUUGUUACUUGCCAAAUGUGUCUCUUUGUAUAACCUCAUUGAAAUAAUAAAACUUGGAAACUGA